AGCUGCAAUAGGAAAAAUAAAAUAAAAAUCCAAUUAACCUGAUCAAAACAUGCCCCCACACGAACUCACUACAGUGACAAAAUGAGUGAGAGUCAACAAAAAAAUAAUCCAAUUAAAAAGAAAAAAAAAAGAGAGAGAACGAGUGGGUGAAAAUUAAUAAGCAAACCUAAAACUAAACCACUUACUUAAUUUGCACUUGAAACCAAAGAAAAUUACGGUUAUAGUAUGUGAUCACGCAAAACACACAUAACCUCUCUCUCCAAAAACUAAUUUAAGAUUCUGGAAGCUUCUUCUUUUUUUUUUUUUCUUUCUGAUAUGGAUGUUAUUGUUAUAACAACUAUAACUAUAACUGAAUUGGAAAUCGUUUCAGCUUUCAGUUACAAAACAUGGCAGGGUUUUUCUCUCUAAGUAGCGGAAGAGGCAAAGAAGAAGUAAGAGAAGAAGAAGAAAAUAAUAAUAACAACAACAAUAACAAUCUUUUCAGAAACGAAGAGAUCUACAACAAAGGAUUCGAAAUAUGGCCACAACAGCAACACUCCUCUUUUCACCAUCACCAUCAACAUCAACAUCACCAAAACCUUAACAACUUUUACACCUUUGGUGUUGGUAGUAGUAGCACUACGAAUCGACGAAACAACGACAACAACAACAUAAACGACGACGUCGUUUCCGUUUCAUUCUCUGAUGAAUCAACGAGAUUUGGAUUAACGGUGAUGAGACCUGGUGUUGGUUUAAGUGGCGGUGGAAUGAAUUGUCAAGAUUGUGGUAACCAAGCGAAGAAGGAUUGUCCACAUCUUAGAUGCAGAACUUGUUGUAAGAGUAGAGGGUUUCAAUGUUCAACUCAUGUUAAAAGUACUUGGGUUCCCGCUGCUAAACGCCGUGAACGACAACAGCAACUCACUGCGUUGCAACAACAAAAUCAACAACAGCAACAGUUUCAUUCCUCUAGACGACACAGAGAAACUCAAACUGCUGUCGUUUCUGCUUCUCUUGCUUCUACUCCACUACCUAUCACUACCACAGGGUUAGAAGUGGGGAAUUUUCCACCGGAGUUAAAUUCUCCAGCGGUAUUUCGGUGUGUGAAAGUGAGUGCAAUGGAUGCACAAGAUGAACGUUACGCUUAUCAAACAGCUGUUAACAUAGGAGGACGUGUUUUCAAAGGAAUUUUGUAUGAUCAAGGUCUUGAAGGUAAUUACACUAGUGCACAUGGUGGUGGUGCUGGUGAAGGUUCUUCCGGUGGUGGUGAAGGACAACAACAAAAUCUCUUAACCACUGCUACAACAAGUGUUAACAAUCCAUUUGAGUAUUCAUCACUAUAUCCAGCUCCGCUUAAUGCUUUCAUGGCUGGUACGCAAUUUUUCCCACCUCCAAGAUCCUAAAGACGUGAGAGUGAGAAUCUUUAAUCUCUCUAUCAAAUCAAUCUAUCUAUCUAUUCCAAUAAUAAUGGUAUUUUUUUUUAUGCUUGUUGUUAGUAAUUUGUUGUUGUUGAGUAGUAGUAUUAAUUAAAUGUUUAUGUUAAUUAACAUUAUUAUUAUGAUCAGCUCUGAAUUAUGAAAUACUACUAUUUAGCUAUACUAUAGCUAUAGAGAGACUAGUUAAGUGUUUUUUACAAAUGAUUACGACGAUGAUGAUUCAGUUCAGGGUGCACGAAAUUAAAGGUUGCUGGAAUGUUUAA